GCCCCGGGGCCGCUUGCUUCCUGUUUGUCGGACGAGGAGACAUGGCGGCGGCGCCGGCGGCUGCUGGGUCUGGGGCCGGCCGAGGGCGACGGGCGGCGGCAACUGUGGCGGCUUGGGGCGGAUGGGGCGGCCGGCCGCGGCCUGGUAACAUUCUGCUGCAGCUGCGGCAGGGCCAGCUGACCGGCCGGGGCCUGGUCCGGGCCGUGCAGUUCACUGAAACUUUUUUGACGGAGAGGGACAAACAGUCCAAAUGGAGUGGAAUUCCUCAGCUGCUCCUUAAGCUGUAUGCAACCAGCCACCUCCACAGUGACUUCAUUGAGUGCCAGAACAUCCUCAAGGAAAUUUCUCCUCUUCUCUCCAUGGAGGCUAUGGCAUUUGUUACUGAAGAGAGGAAACUUACCCAAGAAACCACUUAUCCAAAUACUUAUAUUUUUGAUUUGUUUGGAGGUGUUGAUCUCCUUGUAGAAAUUCUUAUGAGGCCUACAAUCUCUAUUCGGGGACAGAAACUGAAAAUAAGUGAUGAAAUGUCCAAGGACUGUUUGAGCAUCUUGUAUAAUACCUGUGUCUGUACGGAAGGGGUUACAAAGCGUUUGGCAGAAAAGAAUGACUUUGUGAUCUUCCUGUUUACACUGAUGACGAGUAAGAAGACAUUCUUACAAACAGCAACCCUCAUUGAAGAUAUUUUGGGUGUUAAAAAGGUGACUGGUUUGUUUCUUGAGUGCUUUAGAGCUGGUCUCUGUUUUGACAUUUUCUCUUUUGUUCUUUCCUCGACAGCGGCCCUUCUCAGCAUCCCUGGCUUUGUCGAGCGGCUUUGCAAGCUGGCAACUCGAAAGGUGUCAGAGUCAACAGGCACAGCCAGCUUCCUUCAGGAGUUGGAGGAGUGGUACACCUGGCUAGACAAUGCUUUGGUGCUAGAUGCCCUGAUGCGAGUGGCUAAUGAGGAAUCUGAGCACAAUCAAGGGGCUUCGGAGGAAAAUGGCCUGCCUCACACUUCAGCUAGGACCCAGCUGCCUCAGUCAAUGAAGAUCAUGCAUGAGAUCAUGUACAAACUGGAAGUGCUCUAUGUCCUCUGCGUGUUGCUGAUGGGGCGCCAGCGAAACCAGGUUCACAGAAUGAUUGCGGAGUUCAAGCUGAUCCCCGGGCUGAAUAAUUUGUUUGACAAACUGAUUUGGAGGAAGCAUUCAGCAUCUGCCCUUGUCCUCCACGGUCACAACCAGAACUGUGACUGUAGCCCGGACAUCACCUUGAAGAUUCAGUUUUUGAGGCUCCUCCAGAGUUUCAGCGACCACCAUGAGAACAAGUAUCUACUGCUCAACAACCAAGAGCUGAAUGAACUCAGCGCCAUCUCUCUCAAGGCCAACAUCCCCGAGGUGGAAGCCGUCCUCAACACUGACAGGAGUUUGGUGUGUGAUGGGAAGAGGGGCUUAUUAACUCGUCUGCUGCAGGUCAUGAAGAAGGAGCCAGCUGAGUCAUCUUUCAGGUUUUGGCAAGCCCGGGCUGUGGAGAGUUUCCUCCGAGGGACCACCUCCUAUGCAGACCAGAUGUUCCUGCUGAAGCGAGGCCUUCUGGAGCACAUCCUCUACUGCAUUGUGGACAGUGAGUGCAAGUCGCGGGAUGUGCUCCAAAGUUACUUUGACCUCCUGGGGGAGCUGAUGAAGUUUAAUGUUGAUGCAUUCAAGAGAUUCAAUAAAUACAUCAACACGGAUGCAAAGUUCCAGGUGUUCCUGAAGCAGAUCAACAGCUCGCUGGUGGACUCCAACAUGCUGGUGCGCUGCGUCACUCUGUCACUGGACCGAUUCGAAAACCAGGUGGACAUGAAAGUCGCAGAGGUCCUGUCCGAGUGCCGCCUGCUUGCCUACAUAUCCCAGGUGCCCACACAGAUGUCCUUCCUCUUCCGCCUCAUCAAUAUCAUCCACGUGCAGACGCUGACCCAGGAGAAUGUCAGCUGCCUGAACACCAGCCUGGUGAUCCUGAUGCUGGCCCGACGGAAAGAGCGGCUGCCCCUGUACCUGCGGCUGCUGCAGCGGAUGGAGCACAGCAAGAAGUACCCUGGCUUCCUGCUCAACAACUUCCACAACCUGCUGCGCUUCUGGCAGCAGCAUUACCUACACAAGGACAAGGACAGCACCUGCCUGGAGAACAGCUCCUGCAUCAGCUUCUCAUACUGGAAAGAGACCGUGUCCAUCCUGUUGAACCCGGACCGCCAGUCACCCUCUGCCCUUGUCAGCUACAUCGAGGAGCCCUACAUGGACAUAGACAGGGACUUCACCGAGGAGUGAUCUUGGGCUGGGCCUCGGGAGGCUGCUGGGCCUGGGCCAGCGUGGGUGAGCGUGGGUACGUGUGCCUCACGCCCUGCCCUGUCCCGUCCCCCCCCCCCGACCUCCCUGCUGCUCUCCGCCUGCCCCAGGUCUUCAGGUACAGGCUUGGUGGGAGGGAGCGUCUAGAAGCCCUUGGCCCCUGGGUCUGAGGGCCCCGGGUCAUUGGGGAGCCUCAGUUCCCUCAAGAUCUCCAUGACGAGGACAGGGACACUGUGCCCACCCUUCCUUCAGAACCCUGGGGUCCCGGCCCACCCAGAGGUAAGGGGACUUUUAAAAAUAGCUCUGUCUGAGCUCCUGCCCAGUCUCUUGGCUGUCAGUCCUGGGGUGGGGAGGGAGAUACGGGCACCCUCCCCCAAUCUGUGAGCCAAGCUUGCCCUGGCCUUUGGACCCAGGCAAAGGCUUCUGAGCCCCUGGGCAGGGGUGGGGGACACCAGAGAACGCUACCUUCCCCCAAGCCUGCCCAUCUGUCCCUCCCUUCCUCCCUCCCUUGUUUUCCUUUAGCUCCUCUGGUUCUGUUUGCUCAUUGGCCGCUGUGUUCAUGGUUCCCCCCAGAAGUGGGAGGGGCCUUCUCUUUCCAUCCCUUGGAGCACAGGGAGGCUGCGGCCGGGCCCCCCGCUCCAGGGCAGCAUCUCCUGCCUGAGCCCACACCCCGCGCAGGAGCCUGCCUGGGAGCAUACCCUCGGCCCCUCCGUGUGUUGCCAAUUUAUUAACAACAAAUAAACCAAUUAAAUGGAGACUAUUAAAGAAUUUAUUUUAAAUGA